CCCUUUGUUUCCUUUUUGCCCAGACUUUCGUUUUGAAUAAAAUAAAAUAAAACUAGUUUCCAAUGAAGAAGGCAGUGCUCUUUAGCCUGUGGGGUGUUGCUGUUACACCCUCCCUUGCCCAGAUCUUUCAGAAGUUUGAGGAAACUUCUGGUAUUUCGAGGGGUUUCAUAAAGAAUGUAAUUGCAAAUCUUGGCAGUGAGAAUGCACUGUAUCGCCUGGAGAAAGGAAAAAUCAGCUUAACUCAGAUGAUUCCUGAGCUUGAAGCUGAGUGCCAGAAGGUUGCAGCUGAUCAGGGACUUUCUUUACCUGCACAAUUCUCAGCUCAGAAGCUUUUCAGUGACAUUGGUCAAGUAGAAUUCAACAAGCCUGUUCUUGAUGCUGCAGCUGUCCUCCAUCGCCAUGGCAUCUCUACCGGCGUCCUGGCCAAUAUCUGGGUGGAUGACACUGAUCAGAGAGAUGGUGUCGCUAGGAUUCUCUCCGUUUUGGAAAGCCAUUUCAACCUGGUUGUGAGAUCUUGCUAUGACAGUGUCAGAAUCCCAGAGCCAGACAUCUUUACCAGUGCCCUUGAAAAACUUGCGCUUAAACCUCAAGAAGCAGUCUGGCUGGAUGUGGAUGAAGAAAGUAUCAAGGCAGCUGAAGGUUUGGGAAUGACGGCUGUUCAAGUCAAGGACAUCACUGAGGCUCUUAAGGAAAUCCAGAAGCUUACAGAAAUAGAGGUCACCGGUGAUCUCCAGCCACCCUCUUGUGAUCCUGAAAAUGUCUCUCAUGGAUAUGUGAACAUUAAGCCUGGCGUGCGGAUCCACUAUGUGGAAUUUGGAGACGGACCGCCUGUUCUCCUGUGCCAUGGCUUCCCUGAGAGUUGGUUUUCAUGGAGGUAUCAGAUUCCGGCUUUGGCCAAUGCUGGAUUCAGGGUUCUAGCUCUUGACAUGAAAGGUUACGGUGACUCCACUGCUCCACCAGAGAUUGAGGAGUAUUCUCAAGAACAAAUCAUGCUGGAUCUGGGGACAUUUUUGGAUAAAAUGGGCAUCCCACAGGUCACUCUGGUGGGUCAUGACUGGGGCGGUUCUCUGGUGUGGAACAUGGCACAGUUCCAUCCUGAGAGAGUGAGGGCCGUGGCGUCUCUCAACACACCUAUUUUUCCUGUGGAUCCAAAAACAAAUCCAAUGGAGAAACUCAAGACCUUGCCGAUCUUUGAUUACCAGAUCUAUUUCCAGAAGCCUGGUGUUGCAGAGGCUGAACUGGAGAAAAACCUUGACAGAACCUUCAAACUGAUGUUCAAUGCAAGUAAUGAUCCUAAAUCAUUUCCUAGCACCGCAGGAGUCUGCCAGAGAGGUGGAUUGUUUGUGGGGUCACCUGAAGAUCCGCCCCGCAGUGCUAUUCUGAGCGAGUCUGCGCUGCAGUAUUACGUUCAGCAGUUCACCAAGAGCGGCUUCAGGGGUCCUCUGAACUGGUAUCGUAAUGGGCAGAGGAACUGGCAUUGGAUGUGUUCCAGGCCGAGGGGCAAGAUCAUGAUGCCAGCUUUAAUGGUGACCGCAGGAAAGGACCCUGUUCUUCUGCCAGCCUUUGCCACAGGGAUGGAGAACCUGGUCCCUAACCUCACCAGAGGCCACAUCGAGGAGUGUGGACACUGGACUCAGAUGGAGAGACCUGCAGAGCUCAAUCAAAUCCUCAUCUCCUGGCUGAAGGAAAUUCACCAGAAAGCUUCUAUCCCUGUUCAUCCCAAGUUAUGAGAGCAUGAUCUUGAUUUAACAAAGGCUCAAGUGCACUAAUAUCCAUGCUUGCUGAUUGCAUAACAAUAAACCAUUGUCAUGUAAUCCAGUGCUUUUUAUAUGAUGUCUUUUAUAAUACAAUGUAAUGAUGAACAGACAUUUUUAAGAUCUCAAAUAAACUCAUAUUUACAUUUUGUGUGAACAGCAUCUGUCACUAUUUGCACUUAGUGUAAAUAGCCACUGCCUUUUUUAAUGUAAUAUUGAUGAAUGUCACAUUUUAUUAUGGAUUGUUUUUAUUAACAGCUUGCUUUGCAAAAUAAAACCAAUAAAUAUUCCUUUGCCUUGUAAUAAACUGAAUCAAUACUGCUUUACAAGAAUCAUUAAUUGUAUAUUGUUUGCUACAAACAUUGAUAUUUCGGCCUGAACAAUUACUCUAAUUGGCCAUUUUUUGAUUAGUGGCACCAGUCAAUAAGUUUAUUUCAGAAUUGAAUUUAACAGAAGUGUCAUUUCUACUCACUGUCUGUCAGUUCUAAAAACAUAAAGCAAACCUUUAUGGA